CGCGCCAUGUUGAGAAGGAAAUUAACAAAGCUGCAAGGAGGAAGGAGAACAUCGGUUCGGCGUGUUUUAACACCUUUACCACCACCCGGAACGUCAUGGCUGACCCGGAGAAGCAGCCCGAACAACCGAAGGCUGUAGUACAACAAAAGCACGUACUAGCAACCAAAGUUACCGGGACUGUGAAGUGGUUCAAUGUAAAGAGUGGCUAUGGAUUUAUCAACAGAAAUGACACCAAAGAUGACGUUUUUGUCCAUCAAUCUGCAAUUGCCAAGAACAAUCCGCGCAAAGCUGUACGCAGUGUAGGGGAUGGCGAAGUAGUGGAGUUCGACGUGGUGGUGGGCGAGAAGGGCAACGAGGCUGCGAAUGUGACGGGACCUGGCGGCGAACCGGUGAAGGGCUCGCCCUAUGCCGCCGACAGGAGGCGUGGCUUCCGCCAGUGGUACUACCCGCGCCGCGGCGGUCCACCCGGCGUUCGUGGAGGUGGACCCCCCAGCAUGAGGAGAGGCCCUCCCCCGCAGCGAGAUGAUGGAGAUGCCCCAUACGUUACGGGCCAGGACGGAGGUCCGAGGCGCUACAGACCGAGGCGACGUUUCCAGCCCAACUACUACAACAACAGACCGAGGAGACCACUGCCACGUGAUGGACAGGCUCAAGAUGGAGCUGGCGACGGCCGUGAGGGAGACUACGAGCCUGUGGAUGCCGGCAUGGGGGGGCGCGGUGGUGGCCGGGGCCGUGGCGGUCCGCCUCGCCGCUUCUUCCGUCGCAACUUCCGCGGAGGACGCGGAGGUGGCAUUCCGAGGCGUCCCAGGAGCCAGGACGGCCAGAACGUGAGUGAGAGCGAGGGCCAACCUGUGGGGCGCGCCCCACGCAGGCGCUACCGGCCGCGCAUGACCCGGCAGUCCCGUGGCGGCGGCUCGGGGGGCAGCGGCCAGCGCACGUCACAGAGCGAAGGAGAAGGUGCGGCGCAGCCACAGGGCGGCCAGAAUGCGGCCUCUCCCAAGCCCAAGGCUGAGGCGGAAGGCUCUGGUGAGCAGACAGUUGAGCAACCUAGCAAGGCUGAGUCUGGUGGAGAUGCUGCUCCCCCUGCACAGGAGGCCUCUCAGCCAGUGCAGAAUACUACUACAGAAAGCAGUGCUUAAGUCCAUCAGCCAUCGUAGAAAGAGAGGGUCAUCUAUUAAGAAAAGUAAUAAAAUUAACAUCCAGUUUUUGUGUUAGUGCUUGACAUCAAAACAACAAAAAGAAAAAUCACAAAAAAAUGAAAUACAGACCUGAUUUUCAGUUUAGCGUUAUCACCUCCUAAAGAUUCAAGUGUAAGCUAACAUCGUCAACAAGAACUUUGUUUGGGUAGCGUUGAAGAAAACUAUCCAUCUUUUUCGUUUGUUAUUCUACUUGUAAUAGGUUUGACGUGUUGUAAUAGAGAGGCUCAAAAUUGAACCUGAAAUGAAAGGCAAUAUGAUAAAGUCUAGAAUAAUUUCUUAGUGUUUGGUUUUUCGUUUUGUGGAUUUAAAGUUUUCUUUCCUUUUCAUAGUUUUAAAAACUUUCUAUUUAUUGCUGUUCAAAAACUUGUUAGAUAUUUGUUUUGUUUGUUUGAUAUUUUCAGUGUGAGAUUUAUGAAGUUGUUAAUUUUGUAAUUUUUUACUGGUGUAUUGUUGAUAGAUCAAAAUGUUUGUCACAUUUAAUAGAUUUGCUAUUAUAAUUUAGAAUUCCUGCAGCCACAUCUCACGAAAGCACAGAUACGGUGACCGUAAUGCCGGAAAAUUUGUAGUAACGUAUUUGUCAGAAUAACGUGAAAUGUGACUUGGAAAAAUUAAUCAGGUUUGAUUUUGAGUCUUUGCAUUAUUUCCAAUAACAGUUCAUAACAUAAGCAGGAGGUGAAGACUGUAGCACAUAGCACACGUCCCACACUGGGAGGUAGGCGCCGUAUUCGUCACGGUACGCACAGAGCACGUGGACGUACAGUUCGAAGCAUAACACUGUUCGGGAAAAUAUCUCAACGAAACUCCCCCAAUUCUCCGGGUCAGCAGUAGAAAAAUUUAGGAAGAUUGAGAAUUUUUCGUAUGCAGCUUACGGGAGUUUGAGGAGUAGUUGGAUGCAAAAAGUUUUGUGGGUGAAAAUCCUUGUAUUGUUACAUAAUGUGAUCCUGGUGCGCACAGUGAGUACGGCAGAAUCUACCUCCCUACUUUGAAAUGGGAGUCAUUUGAGGUUGUGGUUAAGAUUUUGUUUCGCUUUGUCGACAAAUUUCAACUGAGAUGGCAAGGGUUUUUAAACGGUGUCACUCGCGUUUCUUUAUUUCUGUUAAACGGUGCUAUGUGCUGUCAACUUCCACAAGAUUUAAUGUGUUUUGUAGGGUCAGGCAAAGUUUUUUCUUUAAAGAAACACCUUUAAAAAUAACCAUCCUUUUGAUUCCAUGCUUGUCAACUGAUGCAUGUGUUUUAAUGAAAUUGUAAUUAAUUUAAAAAGAUUUUGGGCAAUAUAAAGAUUCACCAUUUCAUAACGGCCCAAAAUCUCAAAAUGACAAAUGAGCUAAAGUUUUCCAACAUGUGAAAUUCAUUGGCAUUAAAACUAUUAAAUAUGACUUCAAUUAAAGGAACAUAGCCAAUGAAUAAAAACUUGUUCAUCCCAUACGUGAGUGUGAUAACAGAAUGACUAAGAUUUGCAUUUGGACCACGUGUGGGAGAAAGUUGCGGCCGGUCACCACCUCUGGUCAGAAAGUUGUGGCCGCUUCUUUCAUUGUAUUUGUCACCUCUGAAGUAAGGUGAGGUAGUAACAGUGCAAAUCGUCAGUGAAGUAAGUCUAUUAAAUGAAGCUUUAAUGAAACAUUGAAAUAUUAAUAAAGCGAGCAACGUGUCAGUAUCGACAAAAUUUUUGUGAAAUGGAACAACUUGUCUCGGUCAACUGUGAACGACUUAGAAAUGAAAUUUCUGGCUGAAGCUGCCAAUUGUAAAUGUACAAACAAGUUACAAAGUAAUUUUUCAGAAAACAUGUGCAUUUUGAAUAAACAAGCCAAAAAAAGUGAAAACUGUCAAA